UUGUUUUUGGAUUUGGUUUGGGGCCGUCACAUCAGUCAGAUACGAGAUACGGAAGUCCAGAACACGGAGAAGGGCGCGAGAUGCGGACGCCGUGCGUAACCACAGUACAAACUAUUAUUCCAAUAAGAUAGACUAGAGCGGAACCAGGCCCCAUUCCCGUCACCCGACCCCUUCCUAAUAAAACUUCUAAGAUUAAUGUGAUGGUACCGCAGGCUGUUAAGCUGUUCCAGGCGUCGGUGAGUCGCCAGUGGCGACGCGGGCUCAGCGGUGGAAAGCUGCAUCCAAUGGCCAAGGGAGCGCUCACGUACGCAGUCAUGUGGCCCGCGGGCAGCCUGAUUCAGCAGGCGCUGGAGGGACGCAAGAUCCGAGACUUCGACUGGGCCAGGGCGCUCCGCUUCAGCCUGUUCGGUGCCUUGUACGUGGCGCCCACUCUGUACGGUUGGGUGCGGCUCACCAGCGCCAUGUGGCCACAGACCAAUCUGCGCACGGGCAUCGUUAAGGCCAUCACGGAGCAGCUAUCCUACGGACCUUUCGCCUGCGUUAGCUUUUUCAUGGGCAUGAGCCUGCUGGAACUGAAGACCUUUACCGAGGCUGUGGACGAGACUAAGGAAAAGGCGGCGCCCACGUACAAGGUCGGCGUGUGCAUCUGGCCCUUUCUGCAGACCAUCAACUUUUCGCUGGUGCCUGAGCACAACCGCGUGGUGUUCGUAAGCAUCUGCAGUCUGAUGUGGACCAUCUUCCUGGCCUACAUGAAGACACGCCACGAGGAGCCGUCGGAUUCUGCGGGUCUGCCCUGUUCAUAGUUGUUUCCAAUAGUCGUUUUCGUUACAUGUUGUGUGUCCCCUAGACCAAUUGAUGAAUUAGAUAGCGUUAGCGUA